GGCUCCGGCCGCCAGCCCCAGCCUCCCAGGUCCGGAGCCGGGACUGGCGGAGGCCGCGAGGGAGGGAGCACGAGCGAGGAGGCACGCGCCCGCCGGUCCGCACCCAGCCCGCCGCCGCCGUCACCUCAGCAGCCAUGGCCGAGCGCCGCGCCUUCGCCCAGAAGAUCAGCAGAACGGUGGCAGCUGAAGUUAGGAAGCAGAUCUCCGGACAAUAUAGUGGUUCUCCCCAACUGCUCAAAAACCUUAAUAUUGUUGGCAAUAUAUCCCAUCACACCACAGUGCCCCUUACUGAAGCAGUAGAUCCAGUGGAUUUGGAAGAUUACCUCAUUACUCAUCCUUUGGCUGUGGAUUCUGGGCCUUUACGGGAUUUGAUUGAAUUUCCUCCAGAUGAUAUUGAAGUUGUUUAUAGUCCUCGGGACUGCAGAACUCUUGUUUCAGCUGUACCUGAAGAAAGUGAAAUGGAUCCACAUGUUAGAGACUGUAUAAGAAGUUAUACAGAAGACUGGGCAAUUGUCAUCAGAAAAUAUCAUAAAUUGGGAACAGGAUUUAAUCCGAAUACAUUAGAUAAACAGAAAGAAAGGCAAAAAGGUUUGCCAAAACAAAUUUUUGAAUCUGAUGAAGCUCCAGAUGGCAGCAACUACCAGGAUGAUCAAGAUGAGCUUAAAAGACGUUCAGUGUCAAUAGAUGAUACCCCAAGGGGUAGCUGGGCCUGUAGUAUCUUUGACUUGAAAAAUUCACUUCCUGAUGCCUUGCUUCCCAAUUUACUUGAUCGAACUCCAAAUGAAGAAAUAGACCGUCAGAAUGAUGACCAAAGGAAAUCAAACCGUCACAAAGAACUUUUUGCUUUGCAUCCAUCACCAGAUGAGGAAGAACCAAUAGAACGGCUUAGUGUUCCUGAUGUACCCAAAGAACAUUUUGGUCAAAGACUUCUUGUAAAAUGCUUAUCACUCAAGUUUGAAAUUGAAAUUGAACCCAUUUUUGCAAGUUUGGCUUUAUAUGAUGUCAAGGAAAAGAAAAAGAUUUCAGAAAACUUUUAUUUUGACCUUAAUUCUGAGCAGAUGAAAGGGUUGUUACGUCCACAUGUACCACCUGCUGCCAUUACCACCCUGGCAAGAUCAGCAAUUUUUUCUAUCACUUAUCCUUCCCAAGAUGUUUUUCUUGUAAUAAAGCUAGAAAAAGUCCUGCAGCAAGGAGACAUUGGAGAGUGUGCAGAACCAUAUAUGAUUUUCAAAGAAGCAGAUGCCACCAAGAAUAAAGAAAAACUGGAGAAACUGAAGAGUCAAGCAGAUCAGUUUUGCCAAAGGCUUGGGAAAUAUCGCAUGCCUUUUGCUUGGACUGCAAUCCAUUUAAUGAAUAUUGUUAGCAGUGCUGGGAGUUUGGAAAGAGAUUCUACAGAAGUAGAAAUCAGUACUGGAGAACGAAAAGGGUCUUGGUCAGAGAGGAGGAAUUCUAGUAUUGUUGGCAGACGAUCACUUGAAAGGACAACAAGUGGAGAUGAUGCUUGUAACUUGACGAGCUUUCGACCAGCUACCCUCACAGUGACAAAUUUUUUUAAGCAGGAAGGAGACCGCUUAAGUGAUGAAGAUCUGUACAAAUUCCUUGCUGAUAUGAGAAGGCCAUCUUCUGUCUUACGGCGACUAAGACCUAUUACAGCUCAGCUCAAGAUAGACAUUUCUCCCGCACCUGAAAAUCCCCAUUAUUGCCUAACUCCGGAGCUGCUUCAAGUGAAGCUUUACCCUGACAGUAGAGUUAGACCUACCAGAGAAAUCUUAGAGUUUCCCGCAAGGGAUGUUUAUGUUCCAAACACUACUUACAGAAAUCUUCUCUACAUAUACCCUCAGAGUCUUAAUUUUGCCAAUCGUCAAGGUUCUGCUAGAAAUAUAACAGUGAAAGUCCAGUUUAUGUAUGGAGAGGAUCCAAGCAAUGCCAUGCCGGUAAUCUUUGGUAAAUCUAGCUGUUCAGAAUUUUCAAAGGAAGCCUAUACAGCCGUAGUAUAUCAUAACAGGUCUCCUGAUUUUCAUGAAGAAAUCAAGGUUAAGCUUCCUGCUGCUUUAACUGACCAUCAUCACUUGCUUUUUACUUUUUAUCAUGUUAGUUGUCAACAAAAACAAAAUACUCCUCUUGAAACACCAGUUGGAUAUACAUGGAUACCAAUGCUUCAGAACGGACGGUUGAAGACUGGCCAGUUUUGCUUGCCAGUCUCAUUGGAAAAACCACCACAGGCUUAUUCUGUACUGUCUCCUGAGGUUCCUCUACCUGGCAUGAAAUGGGUAGAUAAUCACAAAGGUGUUUUUAAUGUUGAAGUUGUUGCUGUUUCAUCUAUCCAUACACAAGAUCCUUAUCUUGACAAAUUUUUUGCUCUGGUCAAUGCUCUGGAUGAACACAUGUUCCCAGUCCGAAUUGGGGACAUGCGAAUCAUGGAAAAUAACUUAGAAAAUGAAUUGAAGAGCAGUAUUUCAGCACUGAAUUCAUCCCAGUUGGAACCAGUGGUCCGAUUUCUUCAUCUUCUGCUAGAUAAACUGAUACUUUUAGUUAUUAGACCUCCUGUCAUUGCUGGCCAAAUAGUUAACCUAGGUCAAGCAUCUUUUGAAGCCAUGGCAUCAAUUAUAAAUCGACUUCACAAAAACUUGGAAGGAAAUCAUGACCAGCAUGGCAGAAACAGCCUUCUUGCAUCAUAUAUUCAUUAUGUUUUCCGCCUACCAAAUACUUACCCUAAUUCAUCAUCACCAGGUCCUGGGGGUUUGGGAGGAUCAGUGCAUUAUGCCACAAUGGCUAGAUCUGCGGUGAGACCUGCAAGCCUUAAUUUAAAUCGUUCUCGAAGCCUUAGUAAUAGCAAUCCAGAUAUAUCUGGGACUCCCACGUCACCAGAUGAUGAAGUUCGAUCAAUCAUCGGGAGUAAGGGUUUAGAUCGCUCCAAUUCCUGGGUUAACACUGGUGGUCCAAAAGCUGCCCCAUGGGGAUCCAACCCCAGUCCAAGUGCAGAAUCAACACAGGCUAUGGAUCGAAGUUGUAAUCGUAUGUCUUCGCACACAGAGACGUCAAGUUUCUUACAAACAUUAACGGGACGCUUACCAACUAAAAAGGGAAAGGAAGAUGAGUUAGAAAAAUUGUCACUCUUACUUUUUCAUGAGGAGCUGGCUUUGCAGUGGGUUGUUUGCAGUGGCAGCGUUCGGGAAUCAGCUUUGCAACAAGCCUGGUUCUUUUUUGAAUUAAUGGUAAAGAGCAUGGUGCACCAUAUAUACUUUAAUGAUAAACUUGAUGCUCCAAGGAAAAGUCGUUUUCCAGAACGUUUCAUGGAUGACAUUGCAGCUCUUGUCAGCACGAUUGCUAGUGAUAUAGUUUCACGAUUUCAGAAGGACACAGAAAUGGUUGAGAGACUCAAUACAAGCCUUGCAUUCUUUCUCAAUGAUCUGUUGUCUGUUAUGGACAGAGGAUUUGUUUUUAGCCUUAUAAAGUCCUGCUAUAAACAGGUGUCUUCAAAGCUUUACUCAUUACCGAAUCCAAGCGUUCUGGUGUCCUUGAGGCUGGAUUUUCUGCGAAUCAUCUGCAGUCAUGAGCACUAUGUUACAUUAAACUUACCCUGCAGCUUACUUACUCCACCUGCAUCUCCAUCACCUUCUGUUUCUUCUGCAACAUCUCAGAGUUCUGGAUUUUCUACGAAUGUACAAGACCAAAAGAUUGCAAAUAUGUUUGAAUUGUCUGUGCCUUUCCGCCAACAGCAUUAUUUGGCAGGACUUGUGUUAACAGAGCUGGCUGUCAUUUUAGACCCUGAUGCUGAAGGACUGUUUGGAUUGCAUAAGAAAGUCAUCAAUAUGGUACACAAUUUACUCUCCAGUCAUGACUCAGACCCGCGGUACUCUGACCCCCAGAUAAAGGCUCGAGUGGCCAUGUUGUAUCUACCUCUGAUUGGUAUUAUCAUGGAAACUGUACCUCAGCUGUAUGAUUUUACAGAAACUCACAAUCAACGAGGAAGACCAAUUUGUAUAGCCACUGAUGAUUAUGAAAGUGAGAGUGGAAGUAUGAUAAGCCAGACCGUUGCCAUGGCAAUCGCAGGGACAUCGGUCCCUCAACUAACAAGGCCUGGCAGUUUCCUCCUCGCGUCAACGAGUGGAAGACAACACACUACCUUUUCAGCAGAAUCAAGUCGAAGCCUUUUGAUCUGUCUACUUUGGGUUCUCAAAAAUGCAGAUGAAACAGUUCUACAGAAGUGGUUUACAGAUCUCUCAGUCUUGCAGCUAAACCGGCUAUUAGAUCUGCUUUAUCUCUGUGUGUCUUGCUUUGAGUAUAAAGGGAAAAAAGUGUUUGAACGAAUGAAUAGCUUGACCUUUAAGAAAUCAAAAGACAUGAGAGCAAAGCUUGAAGAAGCUAUUCUUGGAAGCAUAGGUGCCAGACAAGAAAUGGUACGCCGAAGCCGAGGACAGCUCGAGAGAAGCCCAUCUGGAAGUGCCUUUGGAAGUCAAGAAAAUUUGAGGUGGAGAAAAGAUAUGACUCACUGGCGUCAAAACACAGAGAAGCUUGACAAAUCAAGAGCAGAGAUUGAACACGAAGCACUGAUUGAUGGAAACCUGGCUACAGAAGCAAACCUAAUCAUUUUAGAUACAUUAGAGAUUGUUGUUCAGACCGUUUCUGUAACGGAAUCCAAAGAGAGCAUUCUUGGUGGAGUGCUAAAAGUGCUACUACACAGCAUGGCCUGUAACCAAAGUGCAGUGUAUCUACAACACUGUUUUGCUACACAGAGAGCCUUGGUUUCAAAGUUUCCUGAACUCUUAUUUGAAGAAGAGACAGAGCAGUGUGCUGAUUUAUGCCUCCGGCUUCUCCGACACUGUAGCAGUAGCAUCGGUACUAUACGGUCACACGCCAGUGCCUCCCUUUACCUACUAAUGAGGCAAAACUUUGAGAUUGGGAAUAACUUCGCCAGGGUUAAAAUGCAGGUAACAAUGUCACUAUCCUCCUUGGUGGGCACAUCUCAGAAUUUUAAUGAAGAAUUCUUAAGACGUUCUCUAAAGACUAUAUUGACAUAUGCUGAAGAAGAUCUGGAAUUGAGGGAAACAACAUUUCCUGAUCAGGUCCAGGAUCUGGUUUUCAAUCUCCAUAUGAUUCUUUCUGAUACUGUGAAAAUGAAGGAACACCAGGAGGAUCCUGAAAUGUUGAUUGAUCUAAUGUACAGAAUUGCCAAGGGUUACCAGACCUCUCCAGACCUGCGAUUGACCUGGUUGCAGAACAUGGCUGGCAAGCACUCAGAACGAAGCAAUCAUGCUGAAGCUGCACAGUGUCUAGUCCACUCAGCAGCACUUGUUGCUGAAUACUUGAGCAUGCUGGAGGACCGGAAAUAUCUUCCUGUGGGAUGUGUAACAUUUCAGAAUAUUUCAUCUAAUGUUUUAGAAGAAUCUGCGGUCUCAGAUGAUGUGGUAUCUCCAGAUGAAGAAGGUAUCUGCUCUGGAAAAUACUUUACUGAAUCAGGACUUGUGGGAUUACUGGAACAAGCAGCUGCUUCUUUCUCUAUGGCUGGCAUGUAUGAAGCAGUUAAUGAGGUUUACAAAGUACUUAUUCCUAUUCAUGAAGCUAAUCGGGAUGCAAAGAAACUAUCCACAAUUCAUGGUAAACUUCAAGAAGCAUUCAGCAAAAUUGUUCAUCAGAGUACUGGCUGGGAGCGGAUGUUUGGCACCUAUUUUCGUGUUGGUUUUUAUGGAACCAAGUUCGGGGAUUUGGAUGAACAAGAAUUUGUUUACAAGGAGCCUGCAAUAACCAAACUUGCAGAGAUAUCUCACAGAUUGGAGGGAUUUUAUGGAGAAAGAUUUGGAGAGGAUGUGGUUGAAGUAAUCAAAGACUCUAAUCCUGUAGACAAGUGUAAAUUAGAUCCUAACAAGGCAUAUAUUCAGAUUACCUAUGUGGAGCCAUACUUUGACACAUAUGAGAUGAAGGACAGAAUCACCUAUUUCGACAAAAAUUAUAAUCUUCGCCGAUUCAUGUACUGUACACCCUUUACUUUAGAUGGCCGUGCCCAUGGGGAACUUCAUGAACAAUUCAAAAGGAAGACCAUUCUGACUACGUCUCAUGCCUUUCCUUAUAUUAAAACAAGGGUCAAUGUCACUCAUAAAGAAGAGGUCAUCUUAACACCAAUUGAGGUUGCUAUUGAGGACAUGCAGAAAAAGACACAGGAGUUGGCAUUUGCAACACAUCAAGAUCCCGCAGACCCCAAGAUGCUUCAGAUGGUACUCCAGGGAUCUGUAGGCACAACAGUGAAUCAGGGGCCUUUGGAAGUUGCCCAGGUUUUUCUGUCUGAAAUACCUAGUGACCCAAAGCUCUUCAGACAUCAUAAUAAACUGCGACUCUGCUUUAAAGAUUUUACUAAAAGGUGUGAAGAUGCCUUAAGAAAAAAUAAGAGCUUAAUUGGGCCGGAUCAAAAGGAGUAUCAAAGGGAACUGGAGAGAAACUAUCAUCGCCUUAAAGAGGCCCUACAGCCACUGAUCAACAGAAAGAUCCCUCAGUUAUACAAGGCAGUAUUGCCUGUCACCUGCCACAGAGAUUCCUUCAGCCGAAUGAGCCUUCGCAAAAUGGAUCUCUAAACUGAAUGCACUUGUUUUAUUCAUCUGCAAAGAGCCAUGUAUUCAACAUCGAGUGUGAAAAGAUCUAUUGGAAAACAACAUGGAAUGGAAUUCUGGAAAUUAUUAUUUAUUGAAGAAUGCAGUGGCCAAGAAAAUAUCAAAUGUAGAUUGUUAACACUUGAGAAUCAUGGCUAUGGUUUCUAAUGUUCUGGUAACAAGCUAUUAUCUUUUAAGACAUUUUAAUGACUGAAAGGUACACUAUACAUUUACCAUUAUUUAUACCAUAGCUAACGUUAAAUUUAUUCACUUUAAGUUCGUUAUUUUUUAAUUUAUAUUACCAUUUAUAGAUUCAUUUUGGAACCAUUUUAAAUGUAGUAAUGCUUAUUUUAAAGGUACUAUUAAAUAUGUGAAUGUUUACACUAAUUUUACCGAGUGGGACUUCAAAAUUUUUAUUUAUUGACAAUGGCAGAGAACAAUUAAAGGGUUGACUCAAGAACUAGUUCCAAACCUAGCAAAAUAAAAAUCAUAGAUAGCCCCAAAUUAAAUAAAUGAGUUUGGUAACUGUUUCAAGGUUAUUUUCUAUUUACAUACCCAAAAAAGGAAUUUAGAAUUGCAGAACUUUACUUAGUCAACCUUUGUGUAAAAUAAUGUAAAUACUGGGAUAACUAAUACCAGUGACAACAGCUUAACUUUGAUUAAAUCUUAUUACACCAA